CCCAUUUGAACAAUUUUUUAAAUGGUCAGUCAACAUAUAUUUGCAGGAAACAUGAAGAGAAGUUUCCCUGAGAAUUCAACCCGUACCCCAGGCUGUCUUCCCGUUCCGUUGUUCAACCAGAGGAAGAGGACCAGGCAGCCGCUCACUUCGAACCCUCUUAAAAAUGAUCCAAGUGCCAACAGCACAGCCGAUAAUUUUGAUUUUUCUUCCAUGCUCGCAGAUUGUGGAUGGGAAACAACAACGCUUGAACCGACUCAGUCACAGAAACAACAGGCAUUGGGUUACAUGAAAUCCGUCAAAGGCCACUAUCUAGUGGAGGACAAUGACUUCAAUGCCAACACUUGGAAAAGAAACGACUCUUCGGCUUUCGGAAGAGGAACAGGAAACAGACAGAGUUCACAAUAUGAGAACUGGAAGGGGAGCGGACCGACGCAAGUGAAACUUGCUGGUAACCGACAAGCAUCACAACAGAGUGGCAACAGGGCAGGAGCGAUGGAGAAAAGCAAGUCCUCCACGUCCGCCAUGCUGAGAGGACCACAGCCGCAGAGCAUGCCGUAUUCAUUUCAGCGCAACCCUUGCCAACCGAAGGCUCACGAGGAAACAGACAAUCCGACUCCAGAUGACAAAAUGAUCCAGAAAGGGCCAGCGCAUGCCGCCAGACUGAAAGAGAAAGAUUAUUCCCUCAGAAUCCUCUCCGCCGUCAUCGAAAGUAUGAAACACUGGAGCCAGUAUGCUGACAAAACCCCAUUGUUGUUUGAGGUUUUGGGUGUGCUGGAUUCUGCGGUUACCCCUGGGCCUUAUGGUGCCAAGACUUUCCUUUUGAGAGAUGGGAAAGAGAGCGUGCCGUGUGCCUUCUAUGAAAUUGAUCGGGACCUACCGAGAUUGAUCCGAGGCCGGGUCCACCGCUGCAUGGGGAACUACGACGCCAAAAGGAAGGUCUUCCGGUGCGUCUCGGUGCGGCCCGCCACCGCAAACGAAGAGCAAACGUUCCAGGAUUUCGUCAGGGUCGCCGACCUCGAAAUGGGCAAGUACGUAAAAACGAGCAACGAAGUUUAG